AUGAUGUUUCCCGCUUACGCAUUUAGUGGUGCAGCACCAUCCACAGCUUGGCCAACAUUACUGCCACCGCUUCAGCCUAUACCGUCAUACGGCUUUACUCGAAAUGAUACGGGUUUUGAUUGUAUAAAUGCUCGAAAAGUUUACGAACAGCAUUGUUGCACAUAUUUAACACCACAUUCUGGUGGUGCUGCUGAUGAUAGAAGUAAACGAAAACAGCGUCGUAAUCGAACAACAUUCAAUCAACAACAAUUAAAUGAACUGGAAGCAGCUUUUCGCAAAUCGCACUAUCCUGAUGUGUUUGCACGCGAAGAACUUGCUGUGAAGAUAAAUUUACCAGAAGCUAGAGUACAGGUGUGGUUCCAAAACCGCCGAGCAAAAUGGCGAAAAACUGAGCGUGAUGAUCAGAAAUUGAAUCACUGCGAUGGUCAACAUGAAACUGUUGUAUCUAAUGUGCAACUUAGUGAAUCAUACCUGACCCCAGCACUAGUAUCACCUCCCUCUUCACUAUCAACAGCUUUAAGCCAGUUUUGCUCCAUCAGAACAUUAACACGACCAUAG